AUGGGGACUUUAUUAUGGAGUCGUUUUGUGGAAGUUGAAGACCCUUUGGCGUUUAAUUGUCGGUUUGAAAUUGGUAACGGUUUUGUCACUCCGUUUUGGGAGGCUAGGUGGUUGGGUAAUUUAUGUUUGAAGGAGGAUUUUCCAAAUUUAUAUGCGGAAUCUUUAUUGAAACGGGUGGCGGUGGCAAGCAUGGGAGGAUGGGUAAAUGGUGAGUGGAAGUGGGGGAAUUUUGGUGUUGUGUUACAUGAUGAUUCCGAUCUGGCGUUGGUGGCGGAGGAUGCUUUGCUUCGUUUUUUGUUGAUUGGCCGUGACCCUUUUUUGGAGGGUGGGGAUAAGGUUUCGUGGAUUGGUUCGGCGGAAGGCUUCUUUUCCGUUGCCUCUUGUUACGAGUUCUUAGUCGUUUCUCGUACUCCUUUUGGUCCAUUAGGUAGAAAUGAUGGGGCUUUAUAUUUAAUUUGGAGGAUUCAAGUGCCGUUCAAGAUAAAGGCGUUUGGUUGGAGGCUUUUUGUAAAUAGGCUCCCAACAAAGGAUUUAUUAUCAUUUAGGGGUGUUCCUUUUUCGAUAGAGAAUUUAAAGUGUGUGUUUUGUGGCAUUUAUCCAGAAAGUUGUGAUCAUUCUUUUUUCAAGUGUGAAUUGGUGAAUGGGGUUAAGAGGAAGAUAACUAUUUGGAUUGGAAAACCGGUGGGAGAUUUGGAAGAAGUGUGUCUACAAAGUUUCAUGGAUUGGUACCUUUUUUGUAAAAAAAAGAAAGUAAAAGAAGGAAAAUAUGGUAUGAUAUGGUUAGCUAUUUUGUGGAUAUUUUGGUUAACUAGGAACGCUUUUUGCUUCCGCAAUGAAGGUAGGGUUGUUGAUAAUACGGUUUGGAAUAUCAAGUCUUUAUUAUGGAAGUGGUCGUUCAUUGGAGAAAUUACGCACCCAAUUUAUAGUUUUUAUGAGUUUAACAAAGAUCCUUUAUUUUUCCUCUCAUAA